GCGUCUGCGGCUUCGCUUCAUGGCCGCUCUCCCGCCCUGCCUGGGCUCUGUGGGGAGUGGGGGAGCCAGCGGCGGCCCGAAGCCUGAGCUGGCGAACCGAGCGGGGACCUGUGCGCGGCGCCGCUAAGGCGCAGCAUGUGAAGAAGGGACGGCAUCGGGCGCGGGGCGAGCGUCUUGGCUGGCCGGGAUGGCUACGACGGCCGAGCUCUUCGAGGAGCCUUUUGUGGCAGAUGAAUAUAUUGAACGUCUUGUAUGGAGAACCCCGGGAGGAGGCUCUAGAGGGGGAGCUGAAGCUUUUGAUCCCAAAAGAUUAUUAGAAGAAUUUGUAAAUCAUAUUCAAGAACUCCAAAUAAUGGAUGAAAGGAUCCAAAGAAAAGUAGAGAAAUUAGAACAGCAGUGUCAGAAAGAAGCCAAGGAAUUUGCCAAGAAGGUACAGGAGCUCCAGAAAAGCAAUCAGAUAAAGGAGGCAGCAGAUAUCAUACAGAAGUUACACCUAAUUGCCCAGGAGCUACCGUUUGAUAGAUUUUCAGAAGUAAAAUCCAAAAUUGCAAGUAAGUACCAUGAUUUAGAAUGCCAGUUGAUUCAGGAGUUCACCAGUGCUCAAAGAAGAGGUGAGAUCUCCAGGAUGAGAGAAGUAGCAGCAGUUUUACUUCAUUUUAAGGGUUAUUCCCAUUGUGUUGAUGUUUAUAUAAAGCAGUGCCAGGAGGGUGCUUACUUGAGAAACGACAUAUUUGAAGAUGCAGCAAUACUCUGUCAGAGGGUGAACAAACAAGUUGGAGAUAUCUUUAGUAAUCCAGAAACAGUACUGGCUAAACUUAUUCAAAAUGUAUUUGAAAUCAAACUACAGAGUUUUGUAAAAGACCAGUUAGAAGAAUGUAGAAAAUGUGAUGCAGAGCAGUAUCUCAAAAACCUCUAUGAUCUAUAUACAAGAACCACCAAUCUCUCCAGCAAGUUGAUGGAGUUUAACUUAGGUACUGAUAAACAGACUUUCUUGUCUAAGCUUAUCAAAUCCAUUUUCAUUUCCUAUUUGGAGAACUAUAUUGAAAUGGAGACUGAUUAUUUGAAAAGCAGAAGUGCUAUGAUCCUACACCGCUAUUAUGAUUCCAAAAACCAUCAAAAGAGAUCCAUUGGCACAGGAGGUAUUCAAGAUUUGAAAGAAAGAAUUCGACAACGUACCAACAUAACACUGGGGCCAAGUAUUGAUACUCAUGGGGAAACUUUCCUGUCCCAAGAAGUGGUGGUUAAUCUUUUACAAGAAACCAAACAAGCCUUUGAAAGAUGUCAUAGGCUUUCCGAUCCUUCUGAUUUACCAAGGAAUGCCUUUAGAAUUUUUACCAUUCUUGUGGAAUUUUUAUGUAUUGAACAUAUUGACUAUGCUUUGGAAACAGGACUUGCUGGAAUUCCUUCUUCAGAUUCGAAGAGUGCAAAUCUUUAUUUUUUGGAUGUUGUGCAACAGGCCAAUACUAUUUUUCAUCUUUUUGACAAGCAAUUUAAUGACCACCUUAUGCCACUAAUAAGCUCUUCUCCUAAGUUGUCUGAAUGCCUUCAGAAGAAAAAAGAAAUAAUUGAACAAAUGGAGAUGAAAUUGGAUACUGGUAUUGAUAGGACAUUGAAUUGUAUGAUUGGACAGAUGAAGCAUAUUUUGGCUGCAGAACAAAAGAAAACAGAUUUUAAACCAGAAGAUACAAACAAUGUUAUGAUGCAGUAUACUAACGCCUGUGUUAAAGUCUGUGCUUACGUAAGAAAACAAGUGGAAAAGAUUAAAAAUUCCAUGGAUGGGAAGAAUGUGGACACAGUUUUGAUGGAACUUGGAGUACGUUUUCAUCGACUUAUUUAUGAGCAUCUUCAACAAUAUUCCUACAGUUGUAUGGGUGGCAUGUUAGCAAUUUGUGAUGUAGCAGAAUACAGGAAGUGUGCCAAAGACUUCAAGAUUCCACUGGUAUUACAGCUUUUUGAUACUCUGCAUGCACUUUUCAAUCUUCUGGUAGUUGCCCCAGAUAAUUUAAAGCAAGUCUGCUCAGGAGAACAACUUGCUAAUCUGGACAAGAAUAUACUUCACUCCUUUGUGCAACUUCGUGGUGACUAUCGGUCUGCCCGCCUUGCUCGGCAUUUCAGCUGAAAUUGAAUUCACAAGGACAACGUGUUGUACUUUGGCAGGCGUCAGUUGACAGCAAGCACAGGAGAGAGUCCUUGUGACACAGCCAAGAUUUUAUGAAAUAAUGACUGUUUAGAAGAAAACAGCAGCCAUAUUACACUUGAGAUUUUAUUUGAAAUUUGGAUACCACUAGCCAUAUUUCUCUUUUUCCCCCUUAAGUUAAAUUUUCAGUCCACUCUUGAACUUACAAAUUCAAAUUCUGUGCAACUACAUCACUAUUUUCAUCCUGGAAAGUGUUGGUGUCAAAAGGCAAAUGAGAUGUUACCAGUGUUUCAGUUCUUCUCUAGCAUACCCUCCCUAUUUGGAAAUACCACCAUACAAAUAAUGAUGGGUGAAAUACGACAAAGCUCCAUUUUUAAAACAUCAAUUUUUAAUGACCUU